GUGGGAAACUCCGGUUCUCCCGCCAUCGGAGAGUCACUAGAUCGAGUAGGAUAGUCGGUGGAGAGGCUCGAUCGCGAUAACAUCCGGUAACAAUGGCCGACCCGACCCUGCAGACGUUCUGCUGCCACCAGACAAACCGCACGGACAGGACGAUAGAGAUAAUGCAGGAAUUCAAUACGGACGCUUACAACACGGUGUGCAUGCUCUCGUCGACGAUGGGCAUGAUGGGCGCGAUCUACCAGAUUCUACCCCGAGAGGAUUCGAACAGUUCUUAUCGCUGGCGGAGCUUCUCCAGAGGACGAGAUAUCAUUGUAUGGCUUGCCGUCGCCGAUCUCUUAGCGUCUUUAGGUGUGUUUGUGAGGUCGGCGCUGUGGAGGAACUUCAAGUCCAUCAUGCCACUGGAGAACGACACGUCGAACGUGGUGUUCUGCGCCGUGUUGUCGGCGUGGAUCCAGUACUUCUACAUGGCCACAUGGAUAUGGACGCUGUGCUACGCGGUGGACAUGAGGCUGCUGCUGGGAGACAAGAAUGGACGUCCCGCUUACUAUCACGCCCUGGCCUGGAUGCUUCCUGCCGUUCUCACCACAUGCGGGCUGAUCAUUCUGUACAUGCCGAACGCAAACUGCCACAACCUGACGUCGUUAUCCAGCGCGGUACUCCGUAUCCUCCCGAACUACUUCGCCACGUAUGUGCUGCUGGCGGUGGUCAUGAUCGCCAAUCCCAUUUUGUACGUCGCGUCCACGCGGGACCUCGAGACGGCGGUUCUGCACAGCAUGGCUCAGAUGACCGGGAGGGAACGCAGGUUGUUACACACGAUCAGAUUGAAGUUCGCUCUCAUCAAUCUGGUCUACUACGUGUGCUGGACGCCUAAUCUAAUUAACGGGGUGCUACUGUGGAUCCUGUGGUUCCGAUUGCCGAUCAAGGCGAUCAUCGCUCUGUGGUACAUAAUGGCCGUGACGAAUCCUCUCCAAGCGUUCUUUAACGCGAUCGUUUAUCAGUCGUGGACCAGAAGGGAGAAGUUGCGUCUGGAGUUCUGUCAGGACUUCAAGUCGAACACCAAUCUGCAUUUAAAUGCGAUCGCCAAUGUAGACAGAGGCGCGCAAGUUUCCGAGUCGUCUCCAUUGCUGAAUCCGCAAACGGGAUACAGACAGAAAACACCGCACGUCAGUAUAAAUGGAUCUUCGUCUCUAUGAGAAUCUAUUUUUUACCUGUACAUAGUGUAUGCCAUACUGUAGCGUUAAGGUGAGAUUUAAUAUAUAAAGUCAGAGUUUCGUAUCAUAAAAUCAGACCCGCGAUCGUGCAUUUCCGUUCAGGCGCGAUUCCCUCACAAGAUUUCUCAGAGCGUCCCGACUGAAGAGGACAUUUUUAUUAAAGUUUUCGAAGUACCUUGCGAUGGGAAAUGUUUUAUAAAAUAGGAUUUUUUAAAUAUAUAUAUAUAUAUUACACAGAGAGGUCGUAUUAAAAUAUAGUUUUUUAUACAUUAUACAUUCGUGAUAGCAAACACAAAGUAGAUGGUAACUUAAUUUAGUUAAUAUUUAGACAUCGUAAUCUAUAGAGAAUCGAGAUUUUAAAGCAUAACAACGAAGAAUGAAAAAAAACGCACUAUAUAUAUGCAAGUCUUUUAAAGAGACGAUUCGGCGUAACACGCAUUUGCGAUGCGCAACAGACUGUUUAAUUAUUCUUAAGAGAUAGCGUGUCUUUUUGAAAAGUAGUAGAUAUUAUUCCUUUGCAGCGUUGUAUAAUAGUCUCAUAAAUAAAAAGAUAUAACAAAAUAGUAGAGAAUAUAUGUAUAAUAGGGGUUUCGUUAUUAAUAACAUUUUGUACUUAAACAUUACGCGUUAUACGCUCUAAAUACUGUUAAAAUAUAUCUUUUUCUAUAUCAUAAUAUCACGACCAACGGCGGUCACAUGCAUCAUCGUAUGUAUGUACAUGUGUCUCAUUAUCCAUUUGAACAUCAACUGCAUCAUCGUAUAAAUUGGCAAUGAAAAAAGUACAAAAUCUUAUAUUUUAAGAAUAUCGUCAAUAUCUACAUUAGUCAUCUUGCCAGAAGCGAAGAAUACGAGCAUUAACAAGUUUCGUACGUACGAAAAUAAGUAUAUAAGCGACGGCCAAGUUUUAAAAUAGAAUAAAAGAAUAGCUAACACUAAGCCUAAAUAUUCUAUGUUUUUGAUACACACACAAGUCUCGGGAUGUGUCUUUAUCAUAUUAUCAUAUUAAAUGAAUAUUUUCAUGAAUAUAUAUUUAAUUAUGACUUAUAUAGAUAUAAAUGAUAAUCAUUUGCAUUGGUUUUCUCGCUUCUGGUGU